AUGCGUCUCUCUCUACCUAUUCUCGUCGCCGCCCUGGGCGCGAGCGCUUCAGCUCGCCCAGGAUCAUCCUUGAAAGAGCGCGGAACAGCCUCUAUCCAAGCAUACACGAGCUGGCAACUCCGCCUCUUCAACGCAGCAGAACCAACCUGCGACCCAAACACCUCAAACGUGAAUCUGAGCAUCUACACCCGAUCAGGCCGGUAUGGCCGCGCCUGCGAAACUUUUUCGCCCGCGGAUACGGAUGAUGGAUCUGUGCCGAAGAGUCUUUCUUUCAAGACGGUUGAGGAAGAUGCGAAGGACUUUUGUAUGUUUAGCUCGUCGAAUUGUACGGCUGGGACUCUGAUUGCGAGUAUCACCUCUGGGUGGGAGAUGUGUUAUGUUUAUAAUGGGUUUGUUGCGUAUAGUGUUGUUGAGCAUGGGGCGCCUUGUGUUUGA